AUGAAGAUAUCAUCAUUCUUGUGCUGGCCCUUCAUGACCCUUUCCGGCGCGAGUGCAUUAUCUUUCCAGACAAGAGACACGCCGGCCGUCAUCAGCUUCCCUCUCCAGCUCCGCUCCAACUCGAAUCAGUUUCAGAAACCAGGCGACACAGUUGCUUUGCCUGCUGGAUUCCGGGAUAAUGUUACAGCUCCAAUUUUUAUUUGCAUUGUCGCUCUCGGUACACCGCCGCAGCAAGUGGAAGUUGUUCUAGACACAAGCCACAGUCUGUUGGUUGUAACCUCGUCCAGUUCUGAGCUCUGCGCAAGUACACCACUAGGGUGUGCUCCACCAGGAAGCUCCAAUGCCACUUCGCUCGGAUCUUUCAAUGCCAGUGCAUCGUCAACAUACAAAUCAACCGGCGAGCAAUUCAAUAUUACUGCCCUUGAAAAGGGCAACUUGAGUGGGGAUCUUGUCCAAGAUCAAUUGACACUUGGGACAGCGACAGUGGACAUGACCUUUGGGCUUGAAGAUUUGUCCGCUAACUAUCUUCUAGGCAUUGGAUAUAGUCUCAAUAAUACCUAUACAAGUCUCCCACAAGCUCUACUGGAAAGUCGCCAGAUUAAUUCCGCCGCAUACAGUCUGUGGAUGGAAGGACAAAACGGGACGGUCCUAUUUGUUGGAGUCAACACCGCCAAAUACACUGGUGAAUUAUACACCAUGUCUAUACCAGCUGUCAGCGGCAUACAUUAUCUGCCAACGGUCCUUGUUACAAAUGUAUCUCUGCAAGAAAGCUCCUCUCCCGCUACUCUCACGACAUCUGGACUACCAGCAUACAUGAUCGUGAAUAGCGCUGCACCCUGGACCUAUCUGCCGGAGCCCCUCCUUGCGCAAAUCUAUCAAAAAGUCGGCGCUGAGUGGGAUGAUAUUGUUGGCGCUGGGCUGUUAAACAAUUGCAGCACGGCACUCGCAUCUUUCUUUAUCACUUUCUCAUUCGAUAGUUUUAAUAUUUCAUUGCCUUUGAGUGAACUUUCUCGCCCUUUGCAAGACAACUUGGAUACUUGUAUUCUUGGUCUUGCACCGAUCGGAGAAGGAGACUCGGCGAUCUUGGGUGGCAGCUUUUUACGCUCGGUCUACUCCGUUUUUGAUCUUUCUAACAACGAAAUCUCUUUCGCACGGAGAAAUCCGCAACCCGGGCCCGAUAAUAUCUUGGAGAUAGGAAAUGGCAGUAGUAGUGCCAUUCCAGGAGCAGUGUCAGUCUCACCUGCAACUACUGUAACAGCUGCUGUCCCUACAAUAUUCCAGCAGCCUUCCGGCGUCUGGCCGCUCACUACAAGUACAUCUGCUCAGACAAGUAGCUCCUCAACCCCUACAGGCAAAAGUGCGGCUUCUUUUUCUCCUUCCAGAAACAAGAACGCCCUCCUUGUAAUUUUGUUCAAUACUUGCUUCUGGUUUGUGCUCUAA